CAUGCCAGCUGACAUUUUUGUUAUGCCACGAAUUGGCUGAUGUUUGAUGCAGAAAAGUUUGUUUGGUGAAGUGUCUAAUUCAAUUGAUAAUAUAGCAGUAGCUAUUUUUGUUAAGAAAAUAUAGAGCAAUUUGUACUUAAACUGUUAAAAAUAUGUUGGCUGGAUAUACCUGGUUCCUGUUUAGUGUUUUUUGUAUUAUAACUGCCAGGACAAAUGAGCAUCCUAGUCCGCAAAGAUAUCUUCCACUUGCUCCAGAUGAGGAAACACGUAAUGUAAAUAAACGCUUUCAACAAAUUAUGCAGGGGAGUAGUGCCGAUGUGACUUGGCCGCAAGCCUUAAAGCUUAAAUCAGAGAAGAUAAACGUAAAAGAAGAAAUUGCAAAACUAAACACUUCUUAUGUACACCAAAGUUCCUGGCCUGAAACAAAUAUACAUCUUGGUUCUGUAACUGCUGUAAGUUUUGAUAAGGAAGGUAACGUAGUUAUAUUCCACCGAGUCGAUCGUGUUUGGGAUCAGGACACUUUCGACAAUGCAAAUAUAUUUCAACAAAAGCGUAAAGGCCCUAUAAUAAAUAGCACUGUUUUAGCAUUUGAUAGACAAAGUGGAAAAUUAGUCUAUGAAUGGGGACGGAAAUUAUUUUAUAUGCCACAUGGACUAACAGUUGAUCAUGAGAAUAACGUUUGGGUAACUGAUGUAGCAUUACAUCAAGUUUUUAAAUUUGGACCAGCCGGUUCAAAUGAUAAACCCUUAAUGAUUUUAGGAACAGCUUUUACACCCGGUAAUGGUAAUUCGAAAUUUUGCAAACCCACCUCAGUUGCUGUAUUAGAAAAUGGUGAUUUCUUUGUUGCGGAUGGUUAUUGUAACGCACGCAUACUUAAAUAUGCGCCAAAUGGUGAAAUGAUAAAUAAAUGGGGUCAAAAUUCGUUUGCAGGUGAUUCGUAUGAGUUCGCUCCUAAGAACUUUUUUGCAAUACCACAUGCGCUCACAUUAGUGCCAGAACAAGAACUAAUCUGUACUGCUGAUAGAGAAAACGGUCGUGUACAGUGUUUCUUUUGGGUAAAUGGAACAUUUCACUCACAAUAUCAUAAUCAAAUUAUUGGUGAUCGUCUAUUUAGUAUGGAUUAUACACCAGCUAAUGGUGGCCAAUUAGUUAUUGUUAAUGGACCCACUGCAGAAUUGGGUAUGAAUCCAAAUCACUACAAUGAAGUACGCGGCUAUAUAAUGAAUAUGAAAACAAAAGAUGUUGUAUCUAAAUUUGGACCAUAUAAUAAUUCACAAUUCGAAAAUCCGCAUGAUGUAGCAGUCACUAAAGAUGGCAACGAAAUCUAUGUUGCGGAAUUAAAUCCAACGCGUAUACAUAAAUUUGUACACACAACUGCUGCAAAUACAGCUUCAAUGUCUGUGUCUAAGAAACCUACAGCAACAACCGGUGUUGGGCCAGAAUAUGAAAUUGCAAAAGCUGCAUUUAAAACCACAAACGCAACAAAUGAAAACACUACAUUGCCAAAUAAAGCAGGUAGACAUCCUAGCGGUACUGCAAUUUUAGUAGCGAGCCUAAUGCUACUAUUUACUUUAUUCACAUUUGGGCUGGCACUUCUAAUUGCUCGCCGACGUAAACGAGGUUGUUUACCAUUCGGUGUGAAAAAUCGACGACAUGCUUGGGAUUUCCCUGCAAAGUCGGAAGGUUUUAAAUUGGGCGGUUUACUUUUAGAUCGAAGUAAACACAAUGGUUUUGAAAAACUUAAUCAAAACGCUAGCGAUGAAGAGAACGAAACUACCACAACAAGCAUACUAACAAGUGCGCAAUUUGCUUAAAAAAAUAUUAGUAAUUAAAAUAAAUUUAAAUAGAUAUUUAAGUAAUAUGAAGAAUACGAAACAUAAUUUCAAAAUGUUAAAAAGGACCAACGCCGCAAGUAUUUUUUUGAAAAUUUUUUCGUUAAAACAAUCAUAAUCCAACUCAGGUUUAA